AUGGUUCAUCAUGCUUCUUCGGCGCUGCUUGCCGUGUUCCUCUUGCCUCAGACUGCUCAGGGAGUCAUUCAGUGGGGUGACCCACACUGCUGGUCAGGUUGGCAGGUGCAUGAACUCUGUUGCUAUCCCAGACGAGUUAACCAGGCCCAGCUUCAGGUCUGGAAUAUUGGCUUCGCUUCGUGUUGGGAUGGUGACCGGAAUGCUUCGCGUUGCUGCAAGCCGCACGGCUCCUUCUUCCGGAUUAGCCGAUCUCUCCCCUCGAGUUUGCAGAAUCUGCUGGAAGGGUGUGACGCGCUUGACUGGCAGAGUUUCCUUUUCAAGGUCCGCGUGGCUGCCGGCAAUCUGUGGGCGUUACACACCAGUGUAUCAGCAUGGUUUCGGAACUUGGACCUCCCCUUGGGACGGCGCAAGACGACUGGCUCCUGUGCUGCCGGCUUUGCAAUUCAUAGAAUACUGUUAGAGUACUUGUUCAUAGGCUUAUCAGCUGAGUCUGUUCAGGCACUGAACUUGCUGGAAUUCCUUGACGGGGAACUCAGACCAUGGGGCGGCCUGUUUCAAGCUUUCGGAAUGACCUUAGCUCAAUUGCAGUUCAUUCGUUCAUUACAGCUGGUCCAGAACCUGCGCACGGGCAGACCCUUUCACAGGAAGUUCAGGCAACAGAAGUACCUUUCUUUGCGCAGCGCAGCCAGCCGACCUACUCGACCCCUGGCCUUCGACUUCGGAGCCUCCGGUGGGUUGGACACGGAAUUCUACCUUUAUUCAGGUCUCAAGGUUGUUGCAGUUGAUGGUAACGCAAAGGCGCUGCAGCAGCUGGAUUCGCGUUUGGGGCACUUCGCAAAGCGUCGGAACUUGACCCUGAUCCAUGCAGCAGCCGGUGCAAGCUCAGCCCCAGAAACGGCAGAAUUUAGGAUUGAUCAUCACGAGCCGGAGGUUUCCGAAUUGUUUGAUGGGAAGCCUUUGAAGGAUUCGGAGGUGCAGACGGUGCCAAGGCGAGCCUGCGGGGCGCUUUACUCGCAGUUCGUGCGUCGGAUACGGCCUGAGUACGUGAAGAUCGACCUCGAAGGCUUGGACCUUCACUGCCUGGUGAGCCUGCUGCGAAACUCAAGCAAUGGCUUUGGCCGGCCAGUCAAUGGCAGUCGGAGGUUCAAGCCGCCUGCCCCAAAAUUCUUAUCUUUUGAAAUGCAUUUGAAGCAUCCCCUAGAUGUCAUUGUAGAGAAGGCCGUGGAAACAGCCCAGAAGUUGCGUGGAUUAUUGCGUGGCCGUUUUUGUGCAGCCAAGCUUUGCCGGCAACAUAUUUAUAACAUCAGGUAUGUUGAAGGACGCGGAGUGGUAUCCCGAAUUGGCCUGGGUUCAUCAGGCCUGUUUGGUGACGCUGCAGUGGACUGGAGAGUUGGAGAGAACUGGAGGCCCUUGGAGGCAGUUCUAGCUGAGCUCCCGCAAGCUGGGAUGCUAGCAGUGCUGGGAAUGGAUUGGUUUGAUUUGCACUUGCAGCUGUAUCCCUACCAGCAGUGGCAUGGCUUCAUCCAGCAGCGCGAUGGUCACGAUACACGUUGUAGCCACUCUUCGUGCAACUUCGGGCUUCCUCCGCCAAGGCAGAAGGGCAUCCUGGCCCUGGAGAUGGAAGGAGAGAAGCGGAGGAUGGAGGAAGAAGGAUCUGUGGACGAGGAGCCUGGAAGCCAGGAUGAUGUGCAGCGCUAUGUGCAAGCUGCACAGGCGUUGAAGCACCAGGAGUGUGACGCACAGAUGGUCAACGGACAGGAUGGCAGUGAAGGCCAAGCCCCAGUGCCAGGGUCUGACAACCAAGAACUCCAGGAACACCAGGGCGCCUUGGCAGAGCUAGGCUUGCUUGUUACGUGCGAGAAUUCCUGGUCACUCUACACAGCUCCGUACCCAGCGGUUCGAUCCAUCCUGGCUAAGGCUUCCCAGAAGGAUCGUGACGCGCAGAAAGACGGUGCCAAGGGCAGGUCAGUCGAGGAGGCCCGGCAUUGUGGUGAUGAGAAAAGCCUGCCAGCCAUGGAUCUUCAAAUUUGUGCCGUCAAGCCCACGGAAUAG